AUGAAGAGAAUAACAAUAAUCGCGACGCUUGUUAUAGCCAACACUCUAAUGGCGAAUACAACGUCACGAGCCUCUCUCAAUCUUCUUCGCCGUUCACCACCAAAACUACGAACUGCUAAAACUUUCUCUUCUUCUCAGUUUCGUCCCUCAACUUUUCCUAAAUCAUAUCCUUGCCCCAUCUGGUCUUCCUCUUUCUCCUUCUGUCUCCCUCUUAGAUCCACUUCCACUUCUCUGCCCUUCCGCCACUUCUCCUCCUCUCCUCCCUCCAUGUCCUCCGCCGUCGCCGCCGCUUCUUCCGUCGCAGACUCUGUUGUCUCCGACGAUAGUCUCUUAUCGAAUCCUCUCUUGCAGGAUUUCGAUUUCCCUCCGUUUGAUUCCGUUGAUGCCAAACAUGUUCGUCCCGGCAUCCGUGCUCUACUGCAGCACCUCGAAGCUGAACUGGAGGGGCUAGAGAAAUCUGUGGAGCCAUCAUGGCCUAAAUUGGUGGAACCAUUAGAGAAAAUCGUUGAUCGGUUAACUGUUGUUUGGGGAAUGAUCAAUCAUCUUAAGGCUGUCAAGGAUACACCUGAGCUUCGUGCUGCCAUUGAAGACGUUCAGCCAGAGAAGGUGAAGUUUCAGCUCAGGUUGGGGCAAAGCAAGCCUAUAUACGAUGCCUUUAAAGCUAUUCUAGAGUCUCCUGACUGGCCAUCGCUCAGUGAAGCUCGUCAACGUUUAGUAGAAGCACAAAUAAAGGAGGCGGUUCUCAUUGGUAUUGCUCUUGACGAAGAAAAGAGAGAAGAGUUUAACAAAAUUGAACAGGAACUCGAAAAACUUGCUCAUAAGUUUUCUGAGAAUGUUUUGGAUGCUACAAAGAAGUUUGAAAAGUUGAUAACAGAGAAGAAAGAGAUCGAGGGAUUGCCUCCAAGUGCUCUUGGGCUAUUCGCACAAGCUGCUGUGUCCAAGGGCCAUGAAAAUGCAACUGCUGAGAAUGGACCGUGGAUCAUUACGCUGGAUGCUCCUAGUUAUCUUCCUGUCAUGCAACAUGCCAAAAACCGUGCUCUGCGUGAGGAACUCUACCGUGCUUAUCUAUCUCGUGCCUCUUCUGGUGAUUUGGACAAUACAGCAAUUAUUGACCAAAUCCUGAAGCUUCGAUUGCAAAAAGCGAAGCUUCUUGGUUACAACAAUUACGCUGAGGUAAGUAUGGCUAUGAAAAUGGCUACUGUUGAGAAAGCAGCAGAGCUUUUAGAGAAGCUUCGUAGUGCUUCCUGGGAUCCAGCUGUUCAAGACAUGGAAGACCUCAAGAGUUUCGCAAAGAGCCAAGGUGCUGAAGAAUCUGACAGCUUGACUCACUGGGACACCACUUUUUGGAGUGAGAGGCUUCGUGAAUCCAAAUACGAUAUUAAUGAGGAAGAACUACGUCCAUACUUCUCCCUGCCAAAGGUUAUGGAUGGACUUUUCAGUCUAGCUAAGAAAUUAUUUGGAAUCGAUAUUGAACCAGCAGAUGGUGUGGCUCCGGUCUGGAACAGCGAUGUUCGGUUCUACCGCGUCAAAGAUUCUUUUGGAAACCCAGUCGCUUACUUUUACUUUGAUCCAUACUCUCGCCCUUCAGAGAAAAGAGGCGGUGCUUGGAUGGAUGAAGUUGUUUCCCGUAGCCGAGUCAUGGCUCAGAAAGGUACGUCUGUUAGGCUGCCUGUUGCUCACAUGGUCUGCAACCAAACUCCUCCAGUAGGUGACAAGCCAAGCCUUAUGACAUUCCGUGAGGUAGAGACUGUGUUUCAUGAAUUUGGACAUGCUCUCCAGCAUAUGCUUACCAAGCAGGAUGAGGGGCUAGUGGCUGGUAUUAGAAAUAUCGAGUGGGACGCGGUUGAAUUACCAUCACAGUUUAUGGAGAAUUGGUGCUACCACAGGGACACGUUAAUGAGCAUUGCUAAGCAUUAUCAAACAGGGGAAACACUCCCAGAGGAAGUGUACAAGAAACUCCUAGCUGCAAGAACAUUCCGUGCAGGGUCCUUUAGUCUUCGUCAGUUGAAAUUUGCGAGUGUUGAUCUAGAGCUGCACACAAAAUAUAUACCAGGCGGACCAGAGUCCAUUUACGAUGUAGAUCAAAGGGUAUCAGUAAAAACUCAAGUGAUUCCUCCACUCCCCGAGGAUAGAUUCCUUUGUAGCUUCAGUCACAUAUUUGCAGGUGGAUAUGCGGCUGGAUAUUACAGUUACAAGUGGGCAGAAGUUUUGUCCGCAGAUGCAUUUUCAGCUUUUGAAGACGCUGGACUGGACGACAUUAAGGCUGUUAAAGAAACAGGACAGAGAUUCAGAAACACAGUACUUGCGCUUGGAGGAGGAAAAGCGCCUCUUAAGGUCUUUGUUGAGUUUAGAGGACGCGAACCUUCACCAGAGCCUCUUCUCAGACACAAUGGUCUCUUGCUGGCUGCCUCUGCUUCUGCUUAAACCUUUAUAUUUUUACUAUUCUUGUUUUUUUUUUUUUUCUUUUGAUCGAAGCUACUCUCGUUUCCAAUGUGACAUUUUAUAAGAAAAGAAAAAAUCAACUUUUUUUCAACAAAUAAGAUUUUUAAUUUUCCAACCAUUUACAUCGC